GAGUCCACGGCGGCACAGGCGGCCCAGGCGGCGGCAGCGGCACAGGUGGCGGCCCAGGCGGCCUUCUUCACGCCGAUUCACCACCCGCACGCCCACCACCACCACCACCACCAUCACCCGCAUGCCUACCACCAUCCGCACGCCCACCAUCCGCAUCACGGGGCGGCGGCAGCGGCGGCCGCGGCAGCCGCCGCAGCAGCUGCGGCCGCGGCCGCCAUGGUCGGUGGCCACGGUAUGUACGGGUCGGCGUCGGCAGGAGGAGCGGGCGGAGCGGGCGAGGCUAGCAGCACGCAAGUGUCCCUUUCGUCCGCGUCGCCACCGGCCUCGUCCGGGUCGUCGGCCGCCCCCGGCCCGACCACAUCCGGCACGGGGCACGGUGAGGGAGCUGGCCCGCAGCCACCAUCACAGUCGUCCUCCGUACCGGCAACGUCGUCGUCUUCACCUGCGCCCACGAGUUCGUCAUCGUCUGCUUCGUCAACGCUGGCCGCACAAAUGUACAUAGACCAUCAGCGCAGCCAGCAGCAUCAGCAGCAACAGCAGCAGCAGCAACAGCAGCAGCAGCAACAACAGCAGCAGCAGCAGCAGCAUCAGCAGCAGCAGCAGCAACAUGCUCAAGCUCAUCACCAGCAGCAGCUGCACACGAGACGACUCUUGCAGGAAUGGACUCUGCAGUUCGGACCAACCGGAACAGCAACUGGUGCACGUUACAUUUAGAUGGAUUUACAUCGAACAAAACAAAUACACACGAGAUAGAGAGAGAGCGAGAAAAAGAGAGAGAGAGUUACAGAAACAAAGCAAACAAAAAGAUACACCCAACACACACACAACAUGAAAAAAAGGAUACGA